AUCAAUGUAGCCCCACGAAUGAAGAUGAAAUUGUCCCUCGGCCUGUUGAAGUUAAAGUAGAUACUUCAGAUGUCAGCCCUCGGCCUCCUAUGGUGGAAAUGGUUCCCGUUGAAACAGUCCCUGAUGAGGAUAAUGAUGAUGAUGAGAAUGAUGAAACUGCAGAAGAUGUGAUUGCUGGCAAUGUGGAAAAAUUAAAUUGUGAUUCUGCUACGUCUAAACAUGAUGAACAGUUGCCAUCAAAGGAAGAAAGAUCUCUCAGACUGCACACACCAAAAAAAGUCAUUCCAAGGCUGACCCGUGGGGCACAGAGGGAAGAAUUUGCUAGCCUGCCAAAGAUGAACCAGGUUCAAUUCAUCCAGUUGUGGCGUACACUGUAUGACAUAUUUACAGAUUUACCUGAGGAGCAGUACUUGUAUCGAAGUCUGGCAACUGUUGGAACUCUUCUCUUACAGCUUGGAGAAAUUGGAAAAAGACUGCCAGAUACUAAGUUAAAUAGGCCAGAGAAAACCGUGCCUGAGACAGUAGAUACUAAAGCAGACCCAUCUGCAAGCAGCACUGAUGAUUGGUCAAUUACCUUUGAGCAGUUGCUGGCAUCAAUACUAACAGAGCCACCAUUGGUGGAUUUCUUUGAAAGAAUAUAUGACACAACUGAUGCUGUUGCAGCCCUACGGAGUCAGCGCUUGGCAACUAAAGUACCUGCAUCUACCAGCAAACAAUAA